AUGGCAGCGUGGCUUGACCUCGUACCAGAAACUACUGGCUGGAGUUUGGUGGACACAGGACGAUUGGAAAGACUAGUGGAGGAGUUGGGCCAUCCCGAGACCCAAUAUCCAUCUUUAAUCUGGUUUGCAGGUAAUGGGAACCGGAUCAAAGCUCUUCAAGCGUUGUUUCCUCAUAACAAUAUUACCCGGAGGGGACAGACUGGAUUGGCCCAACUACAUGUCAGCACGGAAACUGCAAUUACAGAAAACCCUGUCCUCUUUGCAGAAACCGACUUAUUCAAUGGUUAUGGAGAGCGCAAAACAAAUAUAUCAGAUCGGUCAAGGGAGAGGAUUCAGCGAUACCAUAUUUCCCAAGAAGGGUCCCGGUCCGCUGCAGACACACGGCGACACGUGAUCACCAAUGUUCUCUUUGCAUUCACACAUGUCCUAUGCUUUUUCGUAGAUACCCCCUCAGAGAUGCAAGAAGUUCUUGAAAUGCUCGAGAGUCCACAUCACAACGUCAAAAUUGGCUCUCGUUCGGCACCUAGCUUCACGCGCGUUAUCAUUGUCCUGACAUGCAGUGAAAUGCCCGAGGCUCAUGGUACCAUGGUAAAGGAGCGUUUGCAUUUUCCAAAUGCAAGUAUCCAGCUACCGGUUUCUAUACUUGAUCUCCGAAAUCGCCAUAUGUUGUCCCUCAAGGCAGCUUUCGAGCCCUUGCGAUGUGUCCUUCUCGAUCAAGUCCAGAUUUCCCGCACAGAGCUGAUUGAGCAGGGCUUAUCGUUCUCAGGCCUGCAACUAUGUACUCUCUGGAACCGAACAAUUGAGCUUAAAAUGGGAAGCCCAGAGAAUUCAGCCUUGAAUUGCCUAAAGGUCGCCCGCGAAAGCCACAAAAUGAACUUUGUUACCAUGGAACACUUGGUGCGCUUCCUAAGUCAUGCAAAAGAUUUGGGUUGCGCUACCGAAGAUACCCAUGCCUUUGUUGCCUCCGCAUUGUUCAUGAACGCGUACCCCCCUGGGAUGCAUUGGGCACUGAACGGCAUGGAUAUGGUUUUCAACGAAUCUACGGCCGAGCAAAGUUUUCAGAAAUUUCCUGAAUUUGCGCGAAAGGUUUUUAAAUCUAGGUCUAAUCCACUUCAGGGAAUAGCAAGCACCAAAUGCACGAAAUGGCUGAAGUACUUUUUGGGUUUCUUGGCAGAUAGCCAAUAUGAUGGGAAAAACCUAGAUAACGUGCUGAAAGACGGAUUGAGUUCAAACCGCCGCCUGUUUGAUUUUGGUUCAACUUCUGGCUCGAGCAGCCGGAUUGCUAUCAUUGCAAGUCGAACAUCUGACGGAAAAGCAUGCGUCAUGGCAAACUAUCGUGGUGUUGGUCCUCGUCCCGUCGAAGGAGCAUAUCUGUUCCUCAGGCCACAGGACCAAAGCCAAGACCCGUUCCUUUGGGAAGCGUAA